AUGAAUCUUGAUCCAAAAUGGUAUCGAUUUCGAUUUCUAAAUGCUGCCGUGUCUCGUCCGUAUGACAUAUCAAUCAAAAACUCUGCGCUUCAAGAUAUUUCUCAAGACAUAUGUCACAUUAUUGCAACUGACGCAGGAUAUCGACGAGAACCUUUAACAUUUCCUGCUGACGGCCUAUUAAUUGGUGUCGCUGAACGAUAUGAAAUCGUUUGUGACUUUUCAGCAUAUGCAGGCCAAACCUUAUAUAUCUGGAAUGGUAUCAAUGAAAAAUACAUGAAAGACGUCGAAUACUUCUGUUACAGUCAUUACGUCGCCAAACUCAUUGUCUCAACAAAAACCGAUCCUACAGCAGCAAAAUUCGAUGGAAGUCUUACAUCAAUCGUACCAGAAAAGCCAGUCGAACGUGUCUUAACUAGCGCAGAUAUUGACGCAGCUCAAAAAUUGAUAGAAGAUGAUCAACCACAUCGAACUAUGGUAUUUGAAAGAAGACGCAAUCAAUGGGUCAUUAACGGUGAGACUUGGGAUUCAGCAAAAAUUGCAGCCAAAGAUGUCGGACAAAACACCUGGGAACUUUGGCUCUUUCGAACAGGUGGUGGUUGGUUUCAUCCUGUUCAUGUACAUCUAGUCGACUUUUACAUUCUUCUCCGUGAUCGUGAUGGUGGCGUUAAACCUUACGAACAACUUUCACCAAAAGAUAUUAUAUAUCUUGGCCCAAGUCAAAAUAUUUAUGUUAUUGUAAGAUUCGGUCCACACAAAGGUGAUUAUAUGUUCCACUGUCACAAUCUUAUUCAUGAAGAUGAUGAUAUGAUGAGAGCUUUUGCUGUUAUCAACAGUACAGAUGGAGAAAAUCCGGCAUCGGCACAACCAUUCCUUCGUAACAAUCUUACGAACAUUGUUUAUGCCAACUGGAAGUACAGUGAUCCAAUGCUAACUGAACUCUCUGCGAAACCGACGUCACAGAUGCCAACACUCGAUGCAGCGUAUUUACAGAAAAUGUUGACAACUAAUAUUUAUCGAAUUUUCUAUCCAGUUGUUCCCGAUGAUAAUGAAUUGAACGGCAAUUCAAACCCUUGGAGAUCACAGUGGUGUACAUUGCCAUCUGCGUGA